AUGGGAACAAUGGAGAGAUUACUUUGGGCUCUGGAAAAUGAGAAUCUAGGAGGAGAAUCAAUGUUAGGGUCAAUAAAAAUAGCGGUUUUGCCGAUAGUUAAAGUUUUCACUAUGUGUUUUUUAGGUCUUCUUAUGGCUUCUAAGUAUGUUAAUAUCUUGACUGCUUCUGGAAGAAGGCUUUUGAAUGGGCUGGUUUUUUCAUUGUUGUUACCUUGUUUGAUAUUCUCUCAGCUAGGACAAGCUGUUACUUUGCAGAAGAUGCUUGACUGGUGGUUUAUUCCCAUGAAUGUUGUUUUGAGUUCAAUAGCAGGCUCAACCAUUGGUUUUAUUGUUGCCUCAAUUGUUCGUCCUCCAUACCCUUUCUUCAAGUUCACAAUUAUCCAUAUUGGAAUCGGGAAUAUUGGAAAUGUGCCUCUUGUCCUGAUUGGUGCUUUAUGCCGUGACCCAAAUAACCCUUUCGGAGACUCACUUAAAUGUAGCACAGAUGGAACUGCCUAUAUAUCGUUCGGCCAAUGGGUUGGUGCUAUCAUCCUGUACACUUACGUAUUCAACAUGUUGGCUCCUCCUCCAGAGGGGACUUUUGACAUUGAUCAUGAAAGGCUUCCCCUAAAGAGCAGUACUGCAAAGAGUGACAGUCCACCGGAACAAGCACCAUUGAUUGCUCAGGAGGAGGAAGAGGAGGACCAUUUAGCAAGUUCAAGCAAUUCAGGGAAGUCGAAGAUUAAACAUAUAUUAGCACUCAUAUACGACAAGUUGAAGCUUAAGCAAAUUCUUCAACCCCCUAUCAUUGCAUCAAUUCUAGCCAUGACACUUGGUGCAGUCCCAUUUCUAAAGAAACUGAUCUUUACGCCCGAUGCUCCACUAUUUUUCUUCACUGACAGUUGCAUGAUUCUUGGGGAGGCCAUGAUUCCUUGCAUUCUGCUGGCGUUAGGAGGCAACCUUAUUGACGGACCUGGAAGUUCAAAACUUGGUUUCCGAACAACUGCUGCUAUUGUUUUUGCGCGUUUAGUUUUAGUGCCUCCUGUUGGACUUGGCAUCGUUAUGUUGGCUGACAAGCUCGGCUUUCUUCCACCCAAUGAUAAGAUGUUUCGAUUUGUCCUACUACUUCAGCAUUCAAUGCCAACAUCUGUACUUUCAGGUGCUGUUGCUAAUUUAAGAGGGUGUGGAAGAGAGGCAGCUGCUGUUUUAUUCUGGGUCCAUAUCUUUGCUGUAAUAUCAAUGGCUGGAUGGAUUGUUCUAUACCUUAGCAUACUCUUCUGA